AUGGCGGAGUUGGAGAGACGCAAGGCCAACCGGGAACAAUUCGCGCCUGUGCCUCCUCACCCGCAUGCGGCAGAUACUGAUCCGCGAACUUACUCAUGGGAGCAUAUUGACCUCAGCGAAAUCAAGGCCUUGCCUGUUCUGAGGUCAAUUUUCAACGACUUGACCCUGAAGAGGCCUAAUCUGAAGGACGCCUCGAUUUUCAAGGCUAAAUUUGAUAGCUGCCUGCAAGACACGUUCGAUCUCCUCCACGGCGCCAAGAUAUACACGACCGGCACUUCAUACCUCGUGUAUAUAACACUCAAGAUAAUAUGGGUUCGAGAGACUGGCGGAAACUGGGCGGCCAUGGGCUGGAGGACUCCGAUAAACUACCUCUUCCUGCUCGACCUGCGCUACCAGACGUACCUAGAAGCUUUCCACCCCGAGGAUGCGCCAAGUCGACAAGAGGCUGGAUUCUUCGCCCAGGGUGCAGAGCCAGACAUUGCUGCAGACCAGGAGUCUCGAUUAGACAUCUGGGACGCCCAGGGACUCAGCAGGGACCUCCUAGCUUUUGGCGAGAAGCCAUUCGAGGUUUUCUUCCCCAACGGCAACAUCCCGCAGUUCUUUGCAAAGGAUGCCCUGAAGGGCGCCAACCUCUACGUCGACCCGAGGCUCGCCAUAGGCCGGAACGUGCGCAACAACAAUAAGCUGUACCUGGUUGUCUACAGAUUGACAAGGAAUGGACUUUCCAGCCCGAACGACAAAGCUCUCUUCCACGCAUACGCUGAGGCCUGGGGUUGUCUACGAGCGUACCGUACCAAGAUCGAUGGUGGUAUUUUCCACUCGCUGGGCGACCACUUCAGAGACUACUAUGGCCAGCUGGAAGUGGACGUGACGAUAAUGGAGCUGGAUGACCUGUGCGAGUCAAACAUGGAGCCCUCGAUUGCUGAACCUGUCAACACAAACGGCAAGAAAAGGCAGCAGCUGCAUGAAACGAGCAACUGCGGUGAUGAUGACAUGGACUGGCCGAUGCAGGUCGACGGCGAGUGGAUGGGGGAGCAGGGGGAGCCCAAGAAGCGCAAGGGCGUGAACGGCCUGGCUCACGCUCCGUAG